AUGCGGACCUUGGAGAAAGAGAUCGAUGAUGCGGCGCUGCGGGUAACUAACCUGGCGGAGGCCCUUCGUAAGUCUGCUGCGGCCACUCACGAUCUGCUGGGCAAAGUUGAGCGGGCUAUCCACUCCUUCCCGCCAUCAUGUCAGUACAUACCACAGACUAUCCGCUCGGCCAUGUCUACCCGCCUUUCAAACUCGGAUUUGGCCGGUUUACAGUGCUACAAUGGUAGCCUCAUUAACGUCUUGCAAUUUUCGCAGGCCGAGCACGAGCGCAGUCUGGCUGUAGUACAACAGCUUAACCUAAUCGCCGGACCCGCACUCCUCCACCGCUACCUCCCGUCUCUUAUUGGCAAGGUCGCUGAGGGUAGUAGAAUGCGUUCGGAGCUGUUUGACGACGUAAAGGGACUUCAGCAGGACGGGCCUUCCAUCUCUUCUCUCCUUCCUGGUCUCUUGGAUGGGCCCGUCAGACGAAAACCCGGCACGCUUCGAUCCGGCCUGUCAAGUAAACUUCUCUUUUCUGCUUCAGCGGCUGAAUCGAAGCGCGGUUUGGGUGUGAAGAAACCCGUAUCGCGAAUCCGUCAAGCAUCAACUGCCACAUCCCAUCAGCAGCAGCAUCGACAAAAGUCGACGUCCGGACCAAGUGGGCCGACCUCAAAGAACCCGUGGGUGAGCUACGUUGCCCCAAUGGGUUGUAACCAUGUGCCGGAGGAGUACCUCAACAUGCUCGAGACGGCAGCACCUCAAGUCACUGCCACUCUUGCCUCGGUGGAGGCGGCUAAUCCUUCUUGUUCUAUCUUUCCUGUCUCAGACACCGCCCAUGUCGGCGAUGUAACUCCUCCCUCUGCUACUGACUUCGCUAAUCACGGACCCGUCGCCCCACGCACCGUCAUUCGGCCUACUCGCGUUCCUCGUCCCAUUUCCAAUAUGGGUAUCGAGACUGAAGAAAUGCCCCCUUGCCACAGUCGACCCCUCGUCCGACAUCAUCACGUUCCCGUUUCCUCCAGAGGUACAUUCAUCUUACCACUUCGCAGUUGUAUGGGGUUGUGUGGCUCAAGUGGCUCACUUUCGAUUGGUUUGAAUUGA